GCGAGUCCAUAGAGCACGGUCGAUCUCUUAGCCUCUGUCGGUUAAAAUCAAGUUGUGAACCCAUUUCCCAACGACACAAAAGUGCAAGUGACUACGUAAAAAACGUUGAUAAGUGAAAUAUACAAUCAAAACAUUUUUCAAAAGUGUGUGAGUGGCCGGUUUGGACGGUUUGUGGACGUUAAAGUGUGCGUGGCACCAUCAGGAAUCAAACUUGCGCUGUGUCUUUGUCUUUGGAAUGCAUGCUUAAUAUAAUUCUAGCUGUUUUAGUUUCGGAGAUUUCGACGUUCUAACGGACGGUCAGUCGGACAUGACAAGACACACUCGGCUGAUCAAGAAUAAAUUUACUUUAUAGGGUCGGAAACGCAUCCUCCUACCUGUUACAUACUUUUCAAUAAAUACUCUAUACAUAAAUGGUGUGCAUAAAAGUGUGAUGUAAAAUUACAAAAAUAAAUAAUUAAGGAAUUCAGAGAAAUCGGAAAAUACCUUAAACAUAGUUGAGCACGAGCUAAAAAUUACGUGUGUAAGAAGUUUAGCCAGAACAGUAAAACUGCAUAUAAUAAAAACAAGUUACAUAAAAGAGUCCGAAACCUAUAAAGCAAAGGCUAAAACUUUAAUAGGAUAAACCAAGGAAUCCGUGGAUACAAAUAAGAAACCUGUGCAACAAAGUUGGCAGCCCAUAAAAAUGCUCUGGACUGGAGCUGGCGAAAAUUAGCAGCCACAUCAAUUUCAGCCGCGGCGAGUCAAACUUAAUUAAAACGCGUGUUGACCAGACAAAUUUUCGGAUCCUGUCGAGUCUUAAUUGAAAUUUAACCAACCGCUCGGGUUGCAAGCAAAUGCGUUGGAAGUUCUCCUCCUCCAGGCUGUGCUGCCCGGCUAGAUUGCCCCUUUCCAUGUCCACGUCGAUGUCCAUGUUCAUGUUCAUGUCCAUGUCCAUGUCCAAGUUCUUGCCGCACUGAUCGCCCACCGCAGCUGAAGUGCACCAGGAAUAACGAUGCAACCGCUUCUGCUCGCGUUCAUAUUGCUGCUGCAGCAUCAACAAUUGCUGGCAGGCGGGCCCACCGAACAGCAAUUAGCAGGGGCGAAUGAUGACGGAAGGUCGGCCGUCGCAUUAAGCGACAAUUUAAAUGCAACGCUUGUACUGGCACUGGUACCUGGUGAAACCAUAAAAGCCAUUGAGCGACAGAUGAAAGCUGCAAAUAAGGUGCAAGGCGGCGCGGCGGAUAAGUUGCAAGUGACACCUGCAAACCAAUUACCUGCGAACACAGCGGCUACAUCCACUCGCCCAGCUGUGCACCGUACUUUGGAUUCCUUUAUGGCCGCCACAAUGGCAACCGGAAACCAGUUGGGACAAGGAGAAGCAAGGCGGAUGAAAGGUGCGGCCACCUUAGAAGCAAUCUCGGCAACAACAGCACCUCCACGAGCAGCAGGUGUGUCAGUAGCAGCAGUAUCAGCAUCAGCAUCAGCAGCAGCAUCAGCAGCAAUAACUGCAGCAAUUCAAGCCACGGCAGCAACAUCGCCGACUCGGGAGCAACACACGGUGCCCCUACGUCCCGCAGUGGGCCAAAUGGCACGGAUAAAUGUACCAGCAACAAUAGAAGACCAAAUCGGAGGAGCAGUGAUUCCGAGCAAAACAAACAUGGCCGAGACAGCAGUAUCGCUCUCUCCCACGACCACGUCCACCAUACCCACUCCCACUCCCAUUCCCAAUGCCACAUCCACGUCCAAUCCCCCGACAGAAAUAAUACCAGCAAAAACAAAGCGCAGCGGGUCGGAAAAGACCAAUAAGAUUGGCCUGAGUGUUCGGAGGGACGAAAUAAAAUUCAAUCCGGAUGCCGCACUAACCCAUGGCUAUGCAAAUGCCACAGAGGCGUGGCCAACAAUGACAACUGCCAAUAUUGUACCGACCAUAUUGCCAACACUAACGAGCACGGAGAGCAGGAUCGGUGGUAAGGCGGUGCCCACGCCCCGGCUACUCGGAUCCGGUGCAAGUGCGGCAAGUGUGGAAAGUGUGGUCCAGAUUUUGGCCAAGUCCCUGGACAGUCCGCCACCGAGCUCGUCAUCCGGCUGGCCAGUUAAGCACGCCGCUGUGCUCGAGGGCGAUGUAAUCCUGGGUGGCCUGAUGAUGGUCCACUCGCGCGAGGACAGCAUCACCUGCGGACCCAUAAUGCCGCAGGGCGGCAUCCAGGCCUUGGAGGCGAUGCUGUACACCUUGGACCAGGUUAACAAGCAACAGCUUCUGCCGAAUGUCACUCUGGGCGCCCACCUGCUCGACGAUUGCGACAAGGACACCUACGGCCUGGAAAUGGCUGUCGACUUUAUCAAAGGGUCCAUCAGCAACAUAGAUGACGCGGAGUAUCACUGCAACAAGACUCAAGUGCGCAAGGUCAUCUCGGGGGUGGUGGGUGCCGCCUCCUCGGUCACAUCCAUACAAGUUGCCAAUUUAUUGCGGUUAUUCCGAAUUCCCCAGGUGUCAUACUUCUCCACCAGCCCCGAGCUGAGCAACAAACAGCGGUUCGAGUACUUCUCCCGCACAAUUCCCUCGGAUCACUACCAGGUGAAGGCCAUGGUGGAGAUUGUGAAGAGGAUGGGAUGGAGCUACGUCUCGAUUAUCUACGAGGAGAGCAAUUACGGAAUCAAGGCUUUCGAGGAACUGGAGGAGCUCCUGGCACGCCAUAACAUUUGUAUUGCCAUCAAGGAGAAGCUGGUGAAGGAUUCGGGAGUGGCCGAGGACAUCGCCUACGACAAUAUUGUGCAGAAGCUGCUGACGAAGCCGCGGGCCCGAGGGGCCAUUAUCUUCGGAUCGGAUCAGGAGGUGCGGCAAGUGAUGCGGGCGGUGCGCCGGGCGAAUGCAACCGGCUCCUUCUCCUGGAUCGGAUCCGAUGGCUGGAGUGCCCGGAAUUUGGUGUCCGACGACUACGAGCCGGAGGUGGAAGGCACGCUGUCUGUGCAGCCGCAGGCGAAUCCAGUGCGCGGGUUCGAGGAGUACUUCCUCGGUUUGACGGUGGAGAACAACCAACGCAAUCCCUGGUUCGUGGAAUUCUGGGAGGAUCACUUCCAAUGCCGAUAUCCCGGCAGCACAAGCACCCCGUACAAUAACUACACAAAACAGUGCACCAAAAAGGAGCGCCUUUCACGGCAGAAUACAGACUUCGAGGACCAGCUGCAGUUUGUCAGCGAUGCAGUGAUGGCAUUUGCCUACGCCCUGAGGGACAUGCACCGCGACCUGUGCGGCGGAGGUCCUUCGCUAUGCGAGGCCAUGAAGCCGACGAAGGGUGCAGAUUUGCUCAAAUAUUUGCGUAAAGUGGAGUUUGAGGGCCUCAGCGGCGACGAGUUCCGCUUCGACGGGAACGGCGACGGUCCGGCCCGGUACAACAUCAUACACUUCAAGCAGUCCCAGGCGGGACAGUACCAUUGGGUCAAGGUGGGCGAGUACACCGAGGGCGAGCUGCGCCUCAACAUGUCAGAGGUGAAGUUCAAGCGGCUGAGUCCCAAGCCGCCGGAGUCCGUCUGCAGCCUGCCCUGUCUGGUGGGCCAGGCCAAGAAGUACGUGGAAGGCGAGAGCUGCUGCUGGCACUGCUUCAAUUGCACAACCUAUCAAAUCCGCCACCCGGAUGACGAGACCCACUGCAAGCUGUGCAAGCUGGGCACUCUUCCCGACGCCCACAAGCAAUACUGCCGCCCCAUCCCCGAGAUAUAUUUGCGACCGGAGUCCGCCUGGGCCAUCGGGGCUAUGGCGUUCAGUGCGACCGGCAUCCUGGUAACGCUCUUCGUCAUGGGCGUGUUUGUCAGGCACAACGACACGCCCAUAGUGCGUGCCUCUGGGCGGGAGCUGAGCUACAUCCUGCUGGCGGGGAUUUUCAUGUGCUACGGUGUCACCUUUGCCCUGGUUCUGAAGCCAACCAACAUUGUGUGUGCCAUUCAGCGGUUCGGUGUGGGCUUCUGCUUCACGGUCGUGUAUGCGGCACUGUUGACCAAAACGAAUCGCAUUGCACGGAUCUUCAAAGCGGGCAAACAGUCCGCCAAGCGGCCCUCCUUCAUUAGUCCCAAGUCCCAGCUGGUAAUCUGUGCGUGCCUGGUUAGUGUGCAGAUACUCAUCAACGGCGUUUGGAUGGUAAUUGCGCCAUCACAUGCCAUGCAUCAUUAUCCCACACGCGAGGAUAAUCUGCUCGUCUGCGACUCGUACAUCGACGCCUCCUACAUGAUUGCGUUCUCCUACCCAAUCUUCCUGAUUGUUAUUUGCACGGUCUACGCGGUGCUCACGCGAAAGAUUCCGGAGGCUUUUAACGAAUCGAAGCAUAUUGGAUUCACCAUGUACACGACCUGUGUGAUUUGGCUGGCCUUUGUGCCGCUCUACUUCGGUACCGCCAACCACGUCCCACUCCGCAUCACCAGCAUGUCGGUGACCAUCAGCUUAUCCGCCAGCGUGACCAUUGCCUGUCUCUUCUCGCCCAAGCUGUACAUAAUACUCAUACGCCCCGAGCGCAACGUGCGACAGAGCAUGAUGCCGCCGCGCUACGGCAACAUGCACCGCACCGCUGGCACAGGACCCUCGUCCAUGAUGGCCGCCGCCGUGGUGACCGCCGCCACCUGUGCCCAGGAGGAGAAGAUCCAGAAGCAUAUCACUCCCACAAACACAGAAAACUCACUGAAGACGAAGAAAUUGUGCGAAAUGGCCACUCAGACUAUUUCUAGUAUAAUCACGUCACUGGACAUUAAUGCGUACAAUCAAAUACCAUAUGCCGAUCAAUAUGUGCCAAACAAUACCACAACGGCCACGACCACGCCCACAGAUAAGGGCAGUGGCAACGGCAACGGCAACGGCAAUAGCAAUACCAAUGGUAGUAGCAAUAGCAACAGCAACAGCAACAGCAGCAGCAAUGGUGAAGGCGAUGACGAUGGCGAUGUGGCAACGGAGCAAGUCGUAGCCAACAAUAAUAAAAUCAAUCAGCGGCAACAUGGCCAGCCGGCCGUGGCAUUUGCCAUCACAUCGACUAACAAUCACAUAAGCGGCCCAGCAGCAACCAUAACAACAACAGCGGCAACUGGCGAAACAACAACAGAGGCGCUGGUGGCUACAAUAACCACUCCUUCGGCAACGGGGAAUGUCAGCGAAACCAUGUCCGUGGCGCCCAGCAAUGGGCAAGGAAACGGGAGUCAACGCCCGCCGGUCCUGCAAACAAACUUAUAGCUAAACGCACAGCAAUUGCAACAGCAGCUGCUGAAGGAGCAGCAGCGACAACAAGCCGAGCUGCAGCAGCAGCAACAUCCGCAGCAGCAACAUUCGCAGCAGCAGCAUCCGCAGCAGCAACAAGGAACACAAAGCUCUUCCAGCGACACCGGCAGCACGGGCAGCUGCAGUGCGGCAAAGAAACGCGCCGCAAUUCCCGUUUAGCUGCCACCGGAGACUCCAGAUUAUCACCACCAUACGUAAGUAGACGAAGGUGUCUGUUGACCCAAGGUUUCCCAGGAUCGGACGGUUUGCGUGCCAGGAUGGGACUGAAUUGGGAGCUGCUGUGCCAUAGAAAUAUCUCCAGAUCUUAGAAGGCGUAUUUAUUACACAGCAACUACUUUGUUUGUUUGUUUAUUAACUUGCU